ACAGCACCGCAGGAAGGAGGGCCCCCCGGCUGAGUGUGGUCGCGUGGCCGGGUGAGCGUGGGGCCCACGGCAACGUCACGUCCCGCCCCUGCCUGUCACGGGGGCGACCCCGCCUCUCCGCCCUCCUCCCGGCCCCGCCCCGCCCCGCCCGCCUCCAGAGUCCGAGCGCCGCUAGCCUCCAGCCCACACCGGCCUCGGGAACACAGGGAAGGCCAUGGAGACUUCAGGAUCACUUCAAGACCACAGUCAAGUCCACGGAGAAUCAGAAGAUCUAGACCAUGGAGAGACGGAUUUCCACAAGCAAGGCCAGGAGGCUGAGCUCUUUUCUCAAGAAGAAGAUGAGAAAGGCAAGUCUUCCUCCUCUUCAUCCUCCUCCUCCUCAUCCUCCUCCUCAGGUGCUGAGCAUGAGGAGCCUGACGUUUUGAAGGAUGAGCUUCAACUCUAUGAAGGUGCCCCCGGGGAGAUGGUGCCGUCUGAGGAAUCAGGACUCCGAAGGAGAGGCUCUAACCCAGAGAGUGGAGAAGUGGAGCCCUCCCAGUUAAGAAGACUAAAUAUAAAGAAGGAUGAUGAGUUUUUCCAUUUCAUCCUCCUCUGCUUUGCCAUUGGGGCCUUGCUGGUGUGUUAUCACUAUUAUACAGACUGGUUCAUAUCCCUUGGGGUCGGGCUGCUCACCUUCGCCUCCCUGGAGACCGUUGGCAUCUACUUUGGCCUGGUGUACCGGAUCCACAGCGUCCUGCAUGGCUUCGUUCCCCUCCUUCAGAAGUUUAGGCUGAUAGGCUUCAGGAAGACCGACUGAGGCCAGUGCCAGGUGGGCAGCCAGGCCAGGCCCCGGUGUGACCACCACUGCAUCCUUUCAGCCCACGAGGACAGAGCAGCGUCCUGGGAGACGCGCGGGCGGGCCAAGCUAGAGCAAUAAAGAGAGCGCUUUGCCUUCCAUGUGGUCUGAACAUUGGCACCAGCUGGGCCAAGGUGUCCCUCGGGCAGUGUUGGCACGCAACCCAGCUGCCAGGAUGGCAGGAGAGGGAGGGUGCGGGCCUGUGCCCUUCAUGGGGCCUGGAUCAUCAGGAGGAUCCUGGGACAUCACUCCUCUCAGGAGACAGUAGGAGACCCCUGGGCCCUGCAAGCUGUAAUCUGUCUGGGCUUGUGAAUUCUCUCAAGUCCCCAGGCCAUCCCGGGACAGACAGAUGGUCCACUGCCCUGAGGCAGGGAAGUACCAUGUCAGGCCCCUGGGGUAAACCUGAUACAGGUGAGAUUUGGGGGAACUAAAUCCACAGCAUCCAGGUCUUCCUAUUACCUAGUGCCAGCCCUGCUGUCCUUGGACUCCAUUAAGAUUCAAAUAAACAUUCUCUUC